UACUUCGAUUCAGUCGAUUAGAAUCUAAUUAUUUUAAUUAUUUUGAUAUUUUAUCAUGAAUUUCUUGCUCCAUCGCCAAAAAUCUCGUAAUCAUGUUCUACAAAUGCCCGAAGGCCUUCAAGAAUUGAUGGGCGAUAUAUCGCGUGAGGUUCUUCGGUGUCAGCCUUCGAUUGAUUGCACUUACAAGUUCAUUGCCGACUAUCUCCAGGCCAUGGUCAACACCAGGGAUAAGUGUAAAAUUGCGAUGGAAAUAAUCGAUGAUGCUAUUCUCAAGACAGACGAAGUUUAUUCUCAAUUUGCCAAAUGCAACUUUCCCAAAGAUAAAACCCGAUCAUUUUUGAAUGCGAUGGAAAUCACAUUUCGUAGAUUUGUUGAUCAAAAACGCAAAAGAAAUCAAGACCCCCGAUUUAUAAAAUUCCAUGCAGACGAUAUGUUGGAUGAGUUGGUGAGAAAAUGCGAUUUGACUAAAGUUGAGGUGCUCCAAUCAAGGCCGGCUAUUCAAUGGGCUUAUAGAAAAUUUGUGAAGACGUAUUUAUCAUCGAUUGAGGGUACCUUGGAUACCGAAGAUCUUUAUUUUCAAACUGAGAAAGUUAUAGCUUCCAGGAAAGAACUUGAACAUAUGAAUGCGAAUGCUGUUAAAAUUCAGAAAGUCUUUCGCGGGUACCAAACACGAAAAUCAAUUCAGUUUCAGCGUAAUGCGCAUCAAAUAUCUACAGAUUCAUCUUCAAGUUCAUCGUUUAGGGAAUUUAUUCUAGGAAAGCAAGAUGAAGUGACAAAAGCAGCAAUCAAAAUUCAGGCUUCAUUUAAAGGAUUCUAUGUUCGCAAAAAGAAUAUUUUGGCGAAGAAAAAAGUAAGCAUAAGGCCAUAUAAUCCAUCAACGGAUGGUAGACGUUCUACAGCUGUAGAAUCAUUCUCUUUUACUUUGGAUACACCCAAAGCUUCCUUAAAAUGGAAGGAAAGCUCAACUCUAUUAAAAGUUUCAAGUUUAAUACAAAUUCCGAGACCAAUUUCUCAAGAAGAAUCGGAAUUCACAAUUCAAGAGUCUCGAGAAAAUCUUGAAGACUCAAAUAAUGACCUUAAAGACUUGACUGAAGCAGCUGUUAAGAUUCAAGCCACUUAUAAAGGAUAUCAUGUUCGCAAAGAGCUUUCAAGUAAAGAAACAAAAUCAAAAACUUUGCCAAAGCAACAUUCAAGUUUACAUUUGAAAGUUUCCUUAAAAGGGGAGGAAGACUCAACUCCGUUAGAAGGUUCAAGUUUAAUUGAAAUUCCAGAACCAAAUUCUCAAGAAGAAUCGAAUACAAAAAUUCAAGAGCCUCGAGAAAAUCUUGAAGAUUCAAAUAUUGACCAUAAAGAUUUGACUGAAGCAGCUGUUAAGAUUCAAGCCACUUAUAAAGGAUAUCAUGUUCGCAAAGAGCUUUCAAGUAAAGAAACAAAAUCAAAAACUUUGCCAAAGCAACUUUCAAGUUUACAUUUGAAAGUUUCCUUAAAAGGGGAGGAAUACUCUACUCCGUUAGAAGGUUCAAGUUUAAUUGAAAUUCCAAAACCAAAUUCUCAAGAAGAAUCGGAUACAAAAAUUCAAGAGCCUCGAGAAAAUCUUGAAGAUUCAAAUAUUGACCAUAAAGAUUUGACUGAAGCAGCUGUUAAGAUUCAAGCCACUUAUAAAGGAUAUCAUGUUCGCAAAGAGCUUUCAAGUAAAGAAACAAAAUCAACAACUUCGCCAAAGCAACAGUCAAGUUUACAUUUGAAAGUUUCCUUAAAAGGGGAGGAAGACUCAACUCCGUUAGAAGGUUCAAGUUUAAUUGAAAUUCCAGAACCAAAUUCUCAAGAAGAAUCAGAUACAAAAAUUGAAGAGCCUCGGGAAAAUCUUGAAGAUUCAAAUAUUGACCAUAAAGACUUGACUGAAGCAGCUGUUAAGAUUCAAGCCACUUAUAAAGGAUAUCAUGUUCGCAAAGAGCUUUCAACUAAAAAAUCAAACUCAAAAACUUUGCAAGAGCAACAUUCAAAUUUACAUCCUGAUCCCGAAAGCUAAAUCAUGAAAACAUUUUCAAGACUAAAAACAUGAAAAAUUCCCUUUCUUGUUUUUUUUUGGCAUUAAGUUUUAUGUUUAAAUAUUCUUCUUGCAGUCAUGAAUAUAUGCAUACCUUGACUGUUUAACAUUUUCUCUUUUUUAUCUCUCUACAUAUGAACAUAUA